CAAGAUGAUUCAUAGAAGAUUCACUGUUUUUAUAAUCAUUCUUUCGUGUACAAUUUCGGUUGGUAUUACUUCUGCAUUACAAGUAAAUCAAGAUGUAAUAAGCGACCUACUAUUGAAACGUCAGGCAUCGCCAGACACAACAGACACAAGUAGUUCGAUGCCAGCACCAACUCUUCCGGGAACCCAAUUACAAAUGCAAUUAGUAGUUGGACCGACCGCCGCAUCUGCACUUCUUGCUCUGUGUGCUAUAUCAAUAAUCGGAGGCGGUAUAACGAGAAUGUUUUCGCAGAAAGACAAAAGUGUAAAUAUUAUAACAAAUAAUGAAUACAAAGAACUUGAGGAUGUUAGGACAACCAUUGUAACUUUGAUAAUGGCCUGGUCUACUAUUAAUGUUGCGAAGCGAAGUUAUGAAACCUAUAGAACAAUUUAA